GACGCUCGACAGCCAACGACUUAUUGGCCAGGAUUUAUGUCGGUUCUGGCAUGCAUGUGCAACGAAGACUCGCGGUCCACGAUGGCGGCACCGGCAGUUGGCAUCGACUUGGGCACUACCUACUCCUGCGUGGGGGUAUUCAAGAACGGGAAGGUUGAGAUCAUCGCGAACGACCAGGGGAAUCGUACCACGCCGAGUUACGUGGCGUUCACCGACACGGAGAGGUUAAUUGGCGAUGCAGCCAAGAAUCAAGUCGCCAUGAAUCCCAUUAAUACGAUUUUCGACGCAAAGAGGCUGAUUGGCAGACGCUUUGACGACCCAUCGGUCCAAGCUGACUUGAAACACUGGCCGUUCAUUGUUGUUAACGACGCGGGAAAGCCGAAAAUUAAAGUUCAGUACAAGGGCGAAACGAAAACCUUCUUUCCCGAGGAGAUCUCGUCGAUGGUUUUGACGAAAAUGAAGGAAACGGCGGAAGCUUAUUUGGGAAAGGCCAUCACGAACGCCGUGAUUACGGUACCAGCGUACUUCAACGAUUCUCAGCGUCAGGCUACCAAGGACGCCGGCACUAUCUCCGGCUUGAAUGUCCUGAGGAUCAUUAACGAGCCGACUGCCGCCGCUAUUGCUUACGGCCUCGACAAAAAGGGACGCAGUGAAAGGAACGUUCUGAUCUUCGAUCUCGGUGGCGGUACCUUCGACGUAUCGAUACUGACUAUCAACGAUGGCAUAUUCGAGGUGAAAUCAACCGCCGGUGAUACGCACCUCGGUGGAGAGGACUUCGACAACCGUUUGGUGACACACUUCGCGCAAGAGUUCUCGAGGAAGUUUAAAAAGGACCUGACGAAGAACAAGCGAGCGAUCCGUCGAUUGCAAACGGCUUGCGAACGAGCCAAGAGGACCUUGUCGUCGUCGACCCAGGCCAACAUCGAGAUCGACUCGUUGCUCGAUGGCAUCGACUUUUACACGUCGAUCACGCGAGCCCGUUUCGAGGAGCUCAACCAGGAUCUCUUCAAGGGUACCUUACAGCCUGUCGAGGAAGCUCUGCGCGACGCGAAGAUGGAUAAAUCGCAGAUUCACGACAUCGUUCUCGUCGGUGGAUCAACCAGAAUCCCACGGAUCCAAAGACUCCUCCAGGAUUUCUUUAACGGCAAGGACUUGAACAAAUCGAUAAACGCGGACGAAGCAGUGGCUUACGGAGCUGCGGUACAGGCGGCCAUUUUGCAGGGAGACAAGUCCGAGACAGUUCAGGACCUGCUGCUCCUGGAUGUAACUCCUCUCUCCUUAGGGAUAGAGACCGCUGGCGGUGUGAUGACCGCCCUAAUCAAACGCAAUUCCACGAUCCCGACCAAACAGACACAGACUUUCACUACCUACUCGGACAAUCAGCCGAGCGUUCUGAUCCAGGUUUACGAGGGCGAGAGGGCGAUGACCAAGGACAACAAUCUCCUGGGCAAAUUUGAGCUAUCCGGAAUACCACCGGCACCACGUGGCAUGCCCCAAAUCGAAGUGACCUUUGACAUUGACGCGAACGGCAUCCUGAACGUGUCUGCCGUGGAGAAAUCGACGCACAACGAAAACAAGAUAACGAUAACCAACGACAAGGGUCGCCUCAGCAAGGAAGACAUCGAGCGAAUGAUUCGCGAAGCGGAAAGAUACCAAACGGAGGACCAAUCGCAAAAGGACAAGGUCGCGGCGAAGAACAACCUCGAGUCCUAUUGUUUCAACAUGAAGAAUACAGUCGAGGACGAGAAACUCAAGGGUAAGAUACAAGAGGGUGACCGGAAACACGUCGCUGACAAAUGCAACGAGAUAAUCAAAUGGUUGGACAGCAACAUUUCUGCUACGAAGGAAGAGUUCGAGGCUAAACUGAAAGACAUUGAAAAGGUUUGUAAACCAAUUAUGAAAAAGUUUUACGAAGGUGGAGGUGCUUCUCAAGCCGCAGACGGUCCGACCAUAGAGGAAGUGGACUGAAUACCCUCGGUCGAUAAUGUCACGUGCCGCUCUCGCCUGGACCUACAUUUGGCGCAAAAUUUAAAGUUUCUGAUUCCAUAAAAUUUCUAUAAUUCCAUGCAAAAAUGAAUCCGUGCAGGGUUCCAACAUAUAAUAAAUCCUUGGUAAUUUCCAACGUGUUAUUUAUUGCAAGCGAGUUUGGGAAAGGUAGUUACUGUAAUGAUUUCGCGAUACAUUCGAAAUAUGCAAUAAUAUUGUCAGACUAACACGACGACCUAGCGUCGUCGUUUACAUGUGUGUGUUUGUAUGUGACGCGCGUAUGAGUGUAUAUGCAGCUUGUAAAACUGUUUAAACGGGUUCUUCUCGCAUCACGUUAACACUAAAAUUGUAUGCUUGUAAAGAGUAUGUACAGAGUGAGGGGACACUAUUAAAUAUUUAAUGACCUUAGCGUACAGUAUAUUAUAGACUACGCGUUAAUGGAACGUUUCUUCUCGUAAAAAAUAGAUUAUGCAGAGCACCAUGAUUUCUUCUUUUCUUCUUCUUCGCCUUCGUUUUCUUCAUCUUCUACUUCGGAUCAUGCGAUUUCUUUUCUUUUCUUUUUUAUGUACAAUUUUGCACUUCUUCUGACCGCGAGUCACCGCGAUGACUCGCGACGCUGUAACGCUGCUUACAAGCACAUUACGAAAUGUGGCAGGUUUCCGGUCAGCCGGCCGGCGAGAUUACAGUAUCGCCGUCCGUAUCGGUACAAUCGAGAAACAAACGAGGAACAGAAACUGACUAUAAUGUUGCUGCAAAAUUUUAUGCCCUGUGCUCAGUCUUUCACAAUGCGCUACAAUUUGCUUUUAUUUUAAAUCCUUUUUCCUCGCCAAACGGUUCGAACCACACGAGUCGAACCUGAAAUUUAAUUCGCUUCGAGAUGUUUGUUCAAAUAGUACACGUUUCGAAGAAUGUAACUUAAAACAAAACAUUCUAAAGAGAAUUUGGAACGCUUGAAUUGUUCGUCCGAUUAAUUCUCGCGGUAACGUUGCGAACCGUUCGCUCGAGCGAACCAGAAAACGGAUU